GGGUUCCCUUCAAGUGUAAGGAAGAUGUCAUACGCGACAAUUUGCAGGUCCAGCAAUGCCAGAAGGGAGCAGCAGUGGAGCUUAAAAAUGUGCCCUUCUGUGGACUAAUUAAUGCCACCUUUGGUGUUCUUGAUGAUACCUGUGAAAACAAAACCAGCAGAGUUUCCCUGGAGAGUACAGCUAAGACCUUUGUCUCUGUGCUUCAACAAGCACCCACCUGGUCCACAUUCACCAAGGAGGAGACGUCCACCCUGGCCACCGUCGUACUGGAGACUGUGGAAAGCGUCACGCUGGCAGCUUUUCUGAAACCUUCAGAAAAUGCCAGUCAGACUAUUCAGACGGAAUACAUUGAUAUUGAGAGGAAAGUUAUCAAUGAAGAAUGCGUUGAAGAGAAUAUGACCUUUACCUUGAAAGCCAAAGGGGAUGUGAUGAAGAUUAAAUGUUCCACAAUUAAAGAGUCUGAAUCCACAGGGAUGACUGGAGUGGCCUUCGUCUCCUUUGAGGGCAUGGCAUCUGUUUUAGAUGAACGCUUCUUCCAAGACCCCCAGGCUCCCUUGGAAAACUUCCAGAGGAAGCUGAGGAUGAAUUCUCGUGUUGUUGGGGGCAUUAUGACGGGGGAUAAGAAAGAUAACUUCUCACAUGAAGUCAUCUACAUUUUGCAGCACAUCCAGCCAAAGCAGAAGUUUGAGAAGGCCAUCUGUGUUUCCUGGAGCAGUGGGAGAUGGACACACUCUGGCUGUGUGAUGCGGAAAAGUUCCAGGCAUCAGACCGAAUGCAGCUGUAAACAUUUGGCGAAUCUGGCCGUUAUCAUGGCUUCUGAGGAGCUCACGAUGGAGCUCUCAUUGUUCAUCGUUAGCCACGUGGGCAUGAUCAUCUCCCUGGUGUGUCUCGUCUUGGCCAUCGCCACCUUCCUGCUGUGUCAUUCCAUUCGCAACAACAACACCUACAUCCACCUGCACCUCUGUGUGUGUCUCUUCUUGGCCAAGAUUCUCUUCCUCAUCGGUAUAGACAAGACGGGCAACCAGACGGGCUGCGCCGUCAUCGCGGGCGUUCUGCACUACCUUUUCCUCGCCUGUUUCUUCUGGAUGCUGGUAGAAGCUGUGAUGCUCUUCCUGAUGGCCAGGAACCUGAUGGUGGUGAAUUACUUCAGCUCUCGCAACAUCAAGAUGCCGUACCUCUGUUUCUAUGGCUAUGGGCUCCCGGGGCUGGUGGUGGCGAUCUCUGCCAGCAUGCAGCCACAGGGCUACGGGAUGCAUGAUCGCUGCUGGCUGAAUACAGAGAUGGGGUUCAUCUGGAGUUUCUUGGGGCCAGUGUGUGCAAUCAUAAUGAUCAACUCGAUCCUCCUAAGUUGGACGUUGUGGAUCCUGAGGCAGAGGCUUUGCAGCGUCAAUGCCGAAGUCUCGAAGCUCAAAAACACCAGGUUAUUGACCUUCAAGGCCUUUGCUCAGAUCUUCAUCUUAGGCUGCACCUGGGUGUUGGGCAUUUUUCAGAUUGGAUCCAUGGCAGGUAUAAUGGCCUAUCUGUUCACCAUCAUCAACAGCCUGCAAGGGGCCUUCAUCUUCCUCAUUCACUGUCUGCUCAACCACCAGGUACGAGAAGAAUACAGGAGGUGGAUCACCAGGAAGACCAAGCCCAGUUCCAAGUCCCAGACUUCAGAGAUCUUACUAUCACCUAUGCCUUCCACUUCCAAAACAGGUUAAAGUCCCCUUUUACUUUCAAAUACACUGUGGAGCAACAUUUGAGGACAGCAGGUGCCUGCAGGAGUCUACUCUGAAAUCUCUUCACAGCUUAAUGUGGAAAUGCAGGAUCCCACCAGCCCGUGAACUCUCUGGGCAAUUCAGAGCAUGGAUAGCUGGGCUGUCUUCUCACGGUUUCAUGCAUUGGCGAGAGACAAGAGUUUCUCCUUGAAAUGACCAUUUUAUCUCUUGCUUCUCUGACUCUCUGAAUUUCUAGAGUUUUUGGAAAUAACAGAUCCCAGUUCAAUGGCACGACUGAGAAAAUGUGGCUACCGUUUUGUUUUCUUCUUUGUUCAUUGGUGUAUGUCUUCAACUGUGCCCCUCCAGCACCUUUCUUGUGCUGACAGAGUAGCUCACAAUAAAUUAUUUACCUUAAGACAAAGACCCUUCCCACUUUUAAAGAAAUGGUCUGUAAAAAUUGUAAUGAGGGCCGGCCCGGUGGCGCACUGCUAUAGUGUGCCGCUCG